AAGAAGAAGAAGAAGAAGUUCAUUCCAUGUUUCGACUCGUCCUGCAGUCGAUUCGCGACGAGACGCCACGAUAAACUGCAGUUAUCUACGAGCUGCUUAACAAUUAAAUCGUUUUCACGACACACGAGACAGCAAUAAUGUCUGACAACGAAGACAAUUUCGACGACGGAGAUUUCGAUGAUGUUGAAGACGAGGAGGCUCUGGAUGAUCUGGAGAACGCGGAGGAUGAGGAUCAGGAGAACGUUCAGAUCCUGCCGGCGGGUGAAGGACAGCAGGCCAAUCAGAAGAGAAUCACCACUCCGUACAUGACUAAAUGCGAGCUGGGAACACGAGCUCUGCAGAUCGCGAUGUGUGCACCAGUGAUGGUGGAGCUGGAAGGAGAGACGGAUCCACUGCAGAUCGCCAUGAAAGAACUCAAGAGCAGGAAGAUCCCCAUCAUCAUUCGUCGGUAUCUGCCGGAUGGGAGUUAUGAGGACUGGGGCUGCGACGAGCUCAUCAUUACUGACUGAGAACCUCACACACACACACACACACACACACACACACACACACACACACACACACACACACUCACACACACACACACACACAGUGUUUACAGCACAGAUCUCAAGCCCAGCAGUUCGUGUGUUUGUCCACAUGAGGGCAGCACAAACACAUGAUAAACACUCAGCACAAAGAGGAAGAUUUCACUCUCAAUCUCAUUAUUUAAUGUUCAUUCGUUUGUUUUAUUCAUGCAAUAUUAAACAUUUUUUUGUAGAAAAUUA